AUGGGAAAAAGAGACAAGCUGAUUUAUGGACCAGAAGAUGUUCCGCCAUGGUACAUGUGCAUUCUUUUAGGAACUCAGCACUUUUUAACCUGUCUUGGUUCCACUGUCGCCAUUCCACUCGUUCUCGCGCCAGCAUUCUGCCUCGGGGAUGAUCCCCAAUCAAACCUCGCCAAAAGCUACCUCAUGUCAACCCUCUUCGUCGGCAGCGGCAUCUGUACAUUCAUCCAAGCGACGUUUGGAAAUCGUCUGCCGAUCCUUCAAGGAGGGACAUUUUCCUUUUUGACUCCGACUUUUGCGCUCAUGGCGACAGCGCCGUUUCUUUGCGAUAAUAAGAAACUCGUUCAAUGUACAAGUUCGAAUAUCACAAGCUCAUCCCUUCUCUCGAACGAGACCCUUUUCUUCACACAUGAGACUCUCAAUUGCUGCUAUGACGAGUCCAUGGAAGACUGCAGAGGAUUUGUGGAAGAGCCAAACGACUCGGUAGAAGUCAAAUGGAAUGAGUUCUACGAAGAUGCAAAAACUUGUUGGUCGGGUGAUUGCGGAACGCAGAUCAUUACUUUUGAUGAAACUUGGAAAAGAAGAGUGCGGGAAGUUCAGGGAGCGAUCAUUUCCGCCUCAGCAGUCGAGCUCGUCAUUGGCGCCACUGGACUGAUCGGUGUCGUGCUUAGCUUUAUCACUCCACUCGCAAUCGCUCCGGUCAUCUCUCUCGUUGGUCUCUCUCUUUUUCAGCCAGCCGCGAAUAUGUCCGCGUCUUGCUGGCCAAUUUCAAUCAUAACUAUCGGCUUCAUGGUUCUGUUCUCUCAAUAUCUCCGCGAUGUCAACACUCCAGUUCCGUACAUAAAUAUCAAAGAAAAGAAAUGCGAGGUCAAAAUGCUCCCGGUUUUCAAAGUCUUUCCGGUUCUCCUGGCGCUGAUAAUUUCCUGGGGCCUAUGUGGAAUUUUGACAGCGGCGGCAAAUGGAGGCGAUGGAAUGGCGAACUUCGAUGAUCCUGCGCAUUACUGGUACAAAGCCAGAACAGAUACAAAAAAUCAGGUCAUCGCCGAUGCGCCUUGGUUCCGCUUCGUUUAUCCCUUUCAAUGGGGUUGGCCGACAUUUUCAGUAGCUGGCUUUGUUGGACUUUUGUCAGGAGUCUUCGCUGGAAUGCUCGAAUCGAUUGGAGAUUAUUACGCCGCUGCUGAUAUUUCUGAAGUGCCUCCGCCACCAGUUCAUGCGAUUAAUAGAGGGAUUAUGAUGGAAGGUGUUGCUUGUAUCAUUGAUGGAAUUCUCGGCUCGGGAAAUGGAACGACGACUUAUUCAGAAAACAUAUCCACCUUAUCAAUCACCCGCUGCGCCUCCCGCCGAAUGAUCCAAACCGCCGCCGUCAUCCUCUUCAUCCUCGGCUUUUUCGGCAAAUUCACUGCCUUUUUCGUCACUCUACCCGACCCGGUCAUCGGAGGAAUCUAUUUCGUCAUAACCGCUCCAUUUAUUGGUGGAUUUUUCGCAAUCAUUUUAGAUAACACCAUUCCCGGAACUCGAAAAGAGCGGGGUGUCGAUGCUUGGGCACAAAGCUCAUCUGAUGAUGAUGUCGACGGACUUGAAACUUAUGACAUUCCCUGGCUAUCGAAAGUCACUAAUUUGAGCUUCAUGAAAUAUGUUCCUAUUUCUCCGGCCUUCAAGGGUGGCUCGAAUGCUUGGACAAGAAAGGUCUGCCCAUGCUCACAACAAGUUGAUGAUGAUGAAGUUACUGCGAAAAUCGAGUCAACUGAUUUUUAA